ACGUACUUGUAAUUCUUAUAGCAACUCCUCGACCCUUACCAUUAGUUCUCUCCACAACGUACUCUACGUCCAGUACUGCCGUACCUCAUCAAUUUUGAGCCAUACGUGUUGAAGAAGAUGAACGUGCAAAGGGAGGCUCCUCUGUCCUCUACUACUCAGAAGUAGACACGACCGAGGCGUUUACAUCUUCCUGCCGCGGCACAUCAGUUCGAGCUUUCAGCCACAAUGAGGAGGUCUGCGGUGUCUUUGAACCAGGCCCUGGGGCUGAUUUUCCUCAUCAUUUGCUUGAUCAUCACCACGCGACGAGUCUAUGAGCAGCAGUACUUCUCCAGCUUGCUCAGUAGUAUCCAGCAACAGGAUGAAGCAAAGGAAGUACUCCUGUCUCCAACCAGGACAGACGGAGUUUCGACAUCUAGCGAACUUACAUCCUCGCAGGUUGUAUCUCAAUCAGCACCAGUAAAAGCAUUGGAGUCUCCACCAACAACACAGACACCUCAGCUGGAGACAGCUACCUCCAACACGAUAUCCUCAACACAGGUCAUCGCUGAGUCAAAAUCAGACGCCUUAUAUACGCAAACAUCCUUUUCAGAUGCGACGACAUCAACCGCCGCAGUAGAUUCCAUGCCAACAGAGGAAGCGUCCUCGGCACACGGACCUGUGAAUGGAUGUCCCGAAAAGACAGGCGAUGAAGGACUGUUCGCGCAAGCGACGCCAUAUGUGCAAGCCAUCAUGAACUCCAGCACAAACUCCAGCAUGUAUGACAUGCCGCGACUGGAGUGUCCUACCAUCAACGUGGAGCGAUAUUCCCAUCUGGCGCUCGGUGCCGUUGCCCCAGGAAAGCCACGAUAUUUCUUCGCCAUAAACCUCUUCCAGUCGGUCGCCAUCAUGCCACAAUUGCUAGCUUCGGCGGUAGAGGUCAUGCGAUUCCUUGGGCCAGAGCUCUGCGCCUUAUCCAUUGUUGAAGGACGAUCAACGGACGGGACAUUUGAGAUACUCAAAAUGUUAGCUCAAGAGAUGGAAGCACUCGGUGUGAGAUACUUUCUGUCUUGUAACGAAAGGAACCCAUGGGGAGGAGAGACCGACCGCAUCUCGGCUCUGUCAGAGCUUCGCAAUCAAGCUCUGGCGCCGUUGACACACCACCCCGGGCGAUAUGACAUUGCGACAACCAUCAUCUUCUUGAACGAUAUUGCACCGUGCUCUGAAGAUAUCUUGGAGUUGAUCCAUCAGCGCACCGUGUUGGAAGCGGACAUGACUUGUGCAAUGGACUGGAUCAACGACGGUGUUUCCUUCUAUGACAUCUGGAUAUCGAGACAAAUGAACGGAGAAAUGUUCUUUGAAAUCCCCCAAAGUGGUUCCUGGGAAUUCUCGAAAAACCUGUUUUGGAAUCAUUUUGAGAGCCGGUCGAGAUACAAACAAGGGAAACCAGUGCAGGUCUUCUCCUGUUGGAACGGUGCCGUCGCAUUGAAUGCGCAGCCCUUCAUGGAGGGCAAAGUCGACUUCAGAUCCGCUCACAAAGGAGAGUGUUACUUUGGAGAACCCACUCUGUUGGCUAAAGAUCUGUGGAAGUUAGGAAAUGGACGUAUCGCGAUCAUACCAAAGGUCAAUCUAGGAUACUCGGUCGAGGUUUCGGCCAAAGCAAAGGAGUUGCAUGGAUGGGUUUCCAAACAACCUGGUAAAAAGGGCACGGACGAUACAGGUCCUACAGAAUGGCAUGGGCUUAAAUGGCAAGAGAAGCCUCCCGCGUCGAUUCAUUGUGCGUCGAUUGGCACCAAUCCAACAUGGGAAAAGGGGUAUUGGGUACCUUGGGACCAAACACUUCGUAGGAGAUAAAAUGGGGAGAACGCACGGCCGACCUUGUUGAUAUUCUAGUGAAAAGCAAAUAGCGGGCGUAUGGAGUAAUCAUUCGAGCAUCAAUGUGGAUGUGGGAUGCUUGGAAAGAAGGAACAUGUAACGAUUAUCAAGAAGUAGAGAAAGGUUUGAAAGAGUAAGUAGGUUUUGAAGACCCACGUGAUUCUGCUCGCACCAGAAUGAGAAAAUGGGUUUUGUGGCUUCCUACGAAAACAAAAAGAACAUUACACAACUCAUGAUUCGAACACAGGCCAUUACUCGAGAAUUG